UUAACAUCAUCAGCUCGCCUCUUCCCAUUCUCAACUUGCCAUCCAUCAACACCUCAGCACCCCCAACAUCUCUUCUUCAAAUUUCCAUCCCCUUACCACCAAUCUUUCCACAAUGUUGUCCUUGCGUACUCUUGCCCGCUCUGUGCCUCGCACUGUCUCGCGGUCCUUCGCUACCUCUUCCCGGUCCGCAGUUUUGCGACCCGUGUCAACAGUCCCAAGACCCAGUCUCCUGCAGUCGUCGCUGAAGCCGGCCACAAGAUCGCCUUACGCUGCCUUUUCCACCUCGAGUGUCUUCAGACAAUCCGCCGAGGGUGAUGUCGAGCUGGUUGCCAAGCUUGAGGAUGAGGUUAAGCAUGAAAAGGCUUCUGGUCUGGAAGAUUUGGAAUCCUCUGUCCAGAACAUCCAGUAUGUUCUUCAGAACAACUCCUGGGAGGUCAAGGAUGUUCCCGGUGAGCAAGAAAUUGUGUUGACGAAGAAGUUUGGCAAUGAAGAGAUUCGUCUCACUUUCACUGUCGCCGACCUCCAGAACUUGAGCGAGCAGGAAGACUUCGACGAUGGCGCUCUCGCUGACGAGAUGGACUUCGAGGGCCACCAGCCCACUAACCAGGGCCGCGCUGGAGGCGUUUCCCAGCAACACCCCGAAGACCGUGUCGCUCCCGCCGACCGUGAGUUGGAUGAGUUGGACCGCGACGUCGAACCUAGCUUCCCUGCACGUGUCAACGUCACCGUUGAGAAGCCCGGCAACGGUGCUCUCCUGAUCCAAACCGUCGCUCAGGAUGGCCUCUUCCAGGUUGAGGAAGUUUCUUACUUCUCUAAGCCCGACCUGGCCCACGCCCAGACCGCUGAGAAGGACUGGGCUAGACAGAGCCUCUACGCUGGUCCUCCCUUCGAGAACUUGGACGAGGACCUCCAAAGCUACCUCGAGCGUUACCUCGAGGAGAGAGGCGUUAACGCAGAGCUUGCCAACAUGAUCCCCGACUACAUCCAGGUCAAGGAGCAGAAGGAAUACGUUCGCUGGCUCGAGAGCGUCAAGAACUUCAUCUCCGCUUAAAUGUCUUUUUCGGAAAGUGACAUUUCAUGAAGCCUACUCUAUGAGUCGAGAUGUGUACGACAAAAUCCCAGCUCUUCACCCUUUUCCUCUAAUAUUAUCUGUUUUAAAAUAUUCUCGUGUUUUCAUGUUACAUUAGCUCAUUGGGAUGGUAGAAGUAGCUUC